AUGAAAUUCCUCAUUCUCUCUUUCCUAUUCCUCGGUGCUCAAUGUGGGUACCCAACGGCUCAGGGUAGCUAUCCAACAGCACCCGAUUCCUAUGUUGUCCCCAAACAAGGAUCGUAUCCAACUGCGCCAGGAGCCUACGCCACCAAGCAUUCCUAUAGAGAACACACUGCAGUGGAAGUCGGUGGAGCUCCACCACAGGCACCUCCACCACCUCCCCCACCAAAGCCAAGUGGAUACUCCUCUGAUGAUCAAUCUGUAGACGUUGCUGGAUCUCCACCAUCUCCACCAACCGACUCUCAAGUUCAGAGCUCUCCAGCCCUCAGCUCCACCUAUGGAGGUGGCUCUUCUCCAACCUACGGAGGAUCCCUAUCAUCUGGAGGGAUCGUUGGUGGCAACUCGCUCAACUAUGGAACCUACAAGGAGAACACAGCAUCUACGGAUUCCGCUGUUGGAGGAGGUGCCCAGUCUGGAUACCGCCGCCGCGCCAAGGCCAAGGCUCGUGCCCGCGCUCGCGCUCGUACCGCUGUCAACCGCCGAUUCAAGCAACGUCGUCACCUUCAACCAAUCAGAAGAUUCCACAAGUUCCACAAGAAGGCCAGACAAUAA